CGUAUUUAUUUCUCUCUUUAGCUUUUUCUCACUCUCUCUCCCUCUACACCCGCUCCCUCGCCCUCUCUCCGGUAACGUAAAAUUCUGGCCGUCCAUUAAAAAAAUUCCAGAUUCCGGCCACUGUUCUCCGAUCGUUCGUUUUGCCUCUCUCGGAGCCAUUUUUUCUUUUUUUGACCUUUUUCGGUUUUCACCUUCUUUUAGUAUUUCUUUUAUCGGGGUAAAACCGUUAAACCCGAUUUGAUUCAGAUUUAUUUUUAAUUUUUUUCGAGUGGUGACGUGGCAUGCACCAAAACGACAAUGAAUACCAAGACCAUGCGCCUGCCUCCCCGUCGUUUUUUGACGCCCUGUAAGCGCAAAGAGCGAGACGGUUUUUUUAACUCCGUUAAACCGUCAGUUUUUACUCCGACAACUUCACCGCCACCACAAACGACAAUUCCUUCCAAAUUACCCAAGCCAACCACAGACGUCUCCUUCGAUAAGCCGACGCCGACGACUCCAGAGCCGAUUAAAUCCAAUCAGUUACUCGCCGGAUACCUGGCCCACGAGUUCCUCUCCAAAGGCACGCUCUUCGGUCAACCUUUCGAUCCGGCGGAGACUCGAGCCGAGAUUGUGGCUAAGAAGGAGAAGGUGAUGAGUUCCCGGAAAGCGGAGCCGAGCCGAGGAGGAAGUGAAGGAGGAAGAGUGGAGCCGAGUAAGGACAAGUGUGAGAGGUACGUUGAGAUAUCUGAUUUGUUGAGGAGAGGAAAAGGGGCCCACAUACAAGGUAUAGUCAAUCCAACCCAGCUCGCUCGCUUCUUACAUAUGUGAUUGUGGAUGAAUCAUGAAAGGCAGCAGCUUCUUCUCCCAACACGUGGAGCUCCGAAUACUCAUCGGACUCCACAAACAAUCAAAUCGGAGCUCCGAAUGUGACUCGUAACUGUACAUGGUGAACAAAGAGAAACAUCACUCUGUUGUUGUUCUUCCUUUUUUUGUAAUUGUAGAUUUUGUGUGCAUUAUACAUGCAUGCAAGUAGAUCCAAUCUUUUAUAGGCUAUGAAUAAUUUUACUUCCAUUAAGAAAAUCUUGUUCAGAAGAGUAUUUGAGCAUUGA